AUGCGACGUCGGGCGUUACCCGCGAGGGAAACUACUUCUAAAUCUUGGCAUAGUAUCUGUGACAGUGAGUGGGCAGUGUACGUUUUAGUGGCUUUGGUUGGUGCUUUAACAUACUCGAAUAGUUUGAAUGGUGAGUUUGUACACGACGAUAUUCCCGCGAUAGUGACUAAUAGGGAUGUGACAGCCAAAAAUCCAGUUUUGAGGAUAUUUAAAAAUGACUUUUGGGGCACGCCGAUGUCUGAUACCGGCAGCCAUAAGUCCUAUCGGCCGCUGACCACAUUAACGUUUAGACCGCAGACUCAUAUAUCUACCGACAACAAGAUAUUUGACAAAAACUACAAGACACAAGUACAUGGAAGUAGGUCACAGAGAUUCUUAGAGAGAUCUCAAGACAAUGGGUGUUACAAGCGCUCUGUGAUAAACGACGUAGUGAUGAGUGGUGGAAAACCCUUGGAAAUUAAAGACGGCACUAUGAUAAAUGAAAACCGUUCUACGGAAAGUGAUUUUCUUCAAUUUACUCCAUUUUUU